AUGACAGUAAUGAAGAUGUCUAAGAGCCUGUUGAUUGUGGUCUGUCUCGUGGGUCUUGCAUUUGCUCAAACCAUAGACAACUGUCCAACCAGCGUUCCGAGGGACCAGUACACGGUAGUGUUCGGCAAUCAAUGCUUUCAGUUCGUGUUGUACCGGACCAGGGACUACCCAGAUGCACUGAAAGACUGCCAGUCCCGUGAUGGGACUUUGGCACUGACCAAGACAAAGGCUGUCGAGCAGUUUCUACAAACACAGGCUGUGACCUACGGUCUGCAGGAGGCACUGUGGAUCGGGCUGAAUGACAAAGCCACUGAAAACACGUUUGUGUGGGAAGAUGGGACAGCUUUGGAUGAAGCCGAGUCCAACUGGAGUGACGAUGAAGGUCCGAGAACUGGAAUCAUUCAGCACAACCUUGAAGAUUGUGUUGCCACAAAUACCGGCAAGAAUGGGCAGUGGGAAGAUUAUCACUGCGACAAUGAAUUCUUCGGACUGAUUAAUUAUGAAAAGCAUUACAUCUGCUCUUUUGAUCUUAUCCCAAAAUAA